GACUACGCUUUAUGAGAGGAUGAAUUAAUGAUUUUCCCCGUCUGGGUCCCCUUCCGCAGUCUCAGCACUCAAGACGGAUGUAAGCUGUGUUAUGACUGUUUUUAAUACACUCGGUUGAUAUUCAAGAUGGACGCGUCGAUACUGUGGCGAUAUGCACUUCUGAUUAGUAUAUCUAUUGGUUAUGUACAAAGUCAGUGUUCAGGCUCCCGAUGCGGACAGUGCCUUAUCGCAGACGGAUGUGCCUGGUGUAAAGACAGGAAUUUCACGAAGACGAGAUGUGCGACAGAGGCACAGCUUCGAACAGACGGGUGUGGAAGUAUAGUCAAAAGAAAGGAACAUGAUAUACAACUAGUAAAGAACCAGGAUUUUUCUGACGGAGGACCAGGCCAGGAUUCAGUGCAGAUCAAACCACAGCACGUAAAAAUUAAACUGGUUCCCAACAAAAUACUUGACAAUUUCAACGUGUAUUACAAAAUCGCCAGAAAUUUUCCUUUAGACCUCUACUUUUUAAACGACCCUUCCUAUACUAUGAGAGAACUGCAGAGCUCCUUAAAAUCGUUAGCCAAAGCUAUUGCCAACGAAAUAAAAAACCUGACGACCGAUUUUCAGUUCGGCUUAGGUACCGCCAUGGAUAAAGUCGUUCUACCGUUCACACGAACUUCCCCUCAGUAUCUAAAUGACCCAUGUGUAGGAACUUCCGUCACGUGUGACAAGGCCUACUCCUACCGCCAUCGACAGAAGCUCACUAGCGACAUCUCGAUAUUCGAGAGUGCUGUAGAUGACAUUAAAACCACGGCUAACUUUGAUAAACCAGAGGGUCUAUUUGAUGGGUUAUUGCAGGCUAUGGUGUGCGGGGACAGAAUUGGCUGGAGAAAUAAGGCACGGAGAAUGUUGCUGUAUGCUACAGAUAUCAACUUCCAUCAGGCUGGGGACGGGCGGUUGGCUGGAAUCCUGGAACCAAAUGAUGGUUACUGUCACCUGGAUGGUACCGGAUUGUAUACUAAGGCAGAGAUACAGGACUAUCCCUCGGUGGGUCAAAUCAUCCAAAAAGCCAAAGAAAACAACAUCAAUAUCAUUUUUGUUAUUGGCGGGAAUUCAUCUGAAUUGACCAAUGAACAGGUUCGGAAUCUUUACUACGACAAGCUGGCCACACUGUUACCAGGCGGGACUCCACGUGCGUCACAGUUGUCCACAGACGCUAGAAAUAUUUUGAACAUCGUCAGCGACAACUACAGGCGUCUUCGGGAGACGGUAAAAUUGGUAGUUAACGAAGAUUAUGAUGAAUUAGAUGUUACCAUGUACACCAACUGUAGAACAGGCGGGCGGUUGAAAGACAAGACUAAUAUUUGUUCUGGACUCACGAUCGAGAAAUGGGCGAAUUUCACUCCAUAUAUGAUAUCAAAUUUGACAACAUGCCCGGAGACUAGAAACCUAUCCUUCACGAUUUUCCCUGAGGGUUUAGAAGAGCGCGUGCAGGUGGAGGUAGAGCACGUGUGUGAUUGUGACUGUCAGCUGCCACCCGAGGCGGAGACUGACAGUGCCAAAUGCAACUACAAUGGGACGUAUGAGUGCGGAAUCUGCAACUGUAACUCGGGAUGGAUUGGGGACAGUUGUGAAUGUGAUAACAGGGGAACGGCGGAACAGUCUUGCGGUACCCCUAACGGAAUCUGUAAUAAUGCUGGAAAUUGUACAUGCCGGAAGUGUGAAUGUUUUAAGGGCUACAGCGGGGAGAAAUGUGAAUGCAAUGACGAGAACUGUCGGACUUUCAACAAGCUUCUGUGUGGCGGUUCUGAGCGCGGGAGAUGUGACUGUGGAAAAUGUGCCUGCAAUGCUAACUAUACGGGCGAUGCUUGUGACUGUCUAACGUCAACCGACCCCUGUAAAAAUAACAACGGGACAAUUUGUUCCGGUAAUGGUGUGUGUGAAUGCGGACGAUGCCGAUGUAACGCUGGAUUCCGGGGCACCCUCUGUAACAGCUGCACGAGUUGUCCUGGUAUCUGUAACAACAACAAGGACUGCGCCGAGUGUGUGGCCUUUAACCAGGGUUCUUAUAACUCGACCAUCUGUAAACAGCGUUGUUAUAAUGUUAAGACGGCUUCGUUACUGGAGGCGCCAACACAAGAAGGAGCGAAUUCUACGGUAACAAUAAAAUCCUGUAUCACAGAGGACGUGUACGGAUGCAUCAUCAACUUUAAUGUCUAUGAUAGUGAAAGUCGACAGGAAGUGGUGGUCAAAGACACAAAGCGAUGCCCACCAGGUCCACCAAACCCGCUGACGAUAGGACUAAGUAUUUCUGGAGCCAUUUUCCUCGUGGGAUUGCUGCUGCUGCUGAUCUGGAAAUUACUUACAAUGUUAUACGACAGCAUGGAAUACUCCAGAUUUGAAUCGGAGAUCCAGAAUCCAGCCUGGGAAAAGUCUGAAAACCCUAUCUACAAAGACUGCGUGACCACAGUACAGAAUCCAAUGCACGAAACAGAAUUAAACCAUGAAGGCGAUGAAAAGACUGCUCUGUACUAAAGGGAGACAAAUGUUGAUACAACAUAAGGAAGAGACAGACAGUAUAGAAAUACCAAUGUACUAUUACAUGUACCACCAAAAAAACCAAUGUACUAUAUUACAUGUACCACAAAAAAAAAACCCAAUGUACUUUUACAUGUACCAUAAAAAAACCAAUGUUCUAUUACCACAGAAAGCAAUGUAAGGAAUUUACUACUGCAGUUUGAAAGGGAUUGAAGAACAAAUAUAAAAUAAAAAUUGUUUUUAAUAUAAGGUGUGAUUACUUAAAUAAUAUAUUUGUCAAGUAUUGCUCAUUUGAGUAAGAAACCUAUUUUAUAUACCUGACCUGCAGUAUAUGUAAGGUACUUACUUGAUUACAGUAUAUUACUUAAUUAGUACUGAUUAUGUGUGCUUAUACAGAGAGAUUGUGACUCUAGUUAUCAAUAAUAUGAAUUACGUGAAUUGUGGCAUGUAAAAUUUUGCAAUAUUUGAUAUUUUCAAUUUGUAUUUCAUAGUUUUUCAAAUGUAUUGUGAAGCAAAUUAUUUGUAUUGUAUAUUUUUCUUUUGUAUUGUAUAAUUUUUUAAUUGCAUAGUAGAAGUUUUCAUUUGUAUUGUAUAUUUUCCUUUUGUAUUCUAUAUUUUCCGUUUGUGUUGUAUAAUUUAGGUAAAUUAUUUCUAAUACAAAUGGGAAAAAAUCACAAUACAAUGGAAAUUAUACAUUACAAAUGUAAAAACCAUACCGUUUGCCAGUACAACCUACAUUUGGGUCAAAUGCUGUCUGACGUGUUUCAUACCGAUUGUUAGGCCGUUCUUGGCACACUGAUUUUGACUACGGAUUACACUGUUUACCUCAGAUAGGGCUCACGAAGGGUGUGACCGCUCAACAGGGGAUGCUUUCUCUUCCAAAGCACCUGAUCCUACCUCUGGUAUAUCCAGAGGUCCGUGUUUGCCCAACCCUUAAUUUUGUAUUCCUUAUGUAGGAGUUAUGAGAUGGAUCACUGUUCGUUAUUUUCGCCUUUCAUACAAUGCAAACGGAAAAGAUCAAAUAUUGCAAUGUUUGACAUGUCAUAGUGAAUUGAUAAUGAGAAGUAUAUCAAUGCGCAGUUGCAUGGCCUGCUUUUUGUGAAAUCCAUAUGCAAUCCAACGAAUAGUAAGGCGCCAGUUGUGGACCAAAUAAAGCUGUAUAUAAGUUUGUCUAUAUAGAUAUAUUUAGAUUACGGAUAAUUUUAAUUAAUGAAUUUGCUAAUUAUCUAGUUUACGUGGAUUACUCCCGAUGUAAUUGAGCAGUAUGUUAAUUAAUUAUCGCAAUACAUGAUAUAUAUUAAUCAUGACAUCUUGCAACAGAUUCCUAAAAACAGCUGACCCAUGGUUUCAUUGGUAUAUAGUGCAAUAUUCCUAUAUCACCUGUUUUACAAUCAAAAUCGUGUGCAAUUGUACGUUUUUAUAAUCUUUAUAUGUAGCAAAGAUUAAUCAAACCUUGAAACCAUGGCUCCUAAUGUUGUUUAAAUUAAACAUUUUUACCCAGGCGUCAUGGACUCUUCUGGGUAAGUUUCGAGGUAGUGUUUAUUUUUUAUUAAUUAAAAAUGAACAUUCUGUUCAAACAUUGUUUUGAUUACUAUGUUAGGACGUACAUAAUUUUUGACGAUGGUUAACCAGUAUUCAUGGAGUAUGGAUUGAGAAUCAUGACUUUUUUUAUACAUGAAUUAAACCUUCAUUGGCCAAAAUGUGCAAUAUAUUGAAUUUCAAAUAAUUUCCAUUUACUGGUUCAUUUCCUAUUUACGUUAUUUUUUUUUUUGCUCAUGUGUUUUUCAUUUUGUCAUUCAUAAUGUUGAUAUUGCACCACAGAACUCUGUUCAUAACCCUGGAGAGUCAGUAUAAGAUGCAUUUGUUUGUUUUGAGCUCGGGUGUUUAAGAAUACAUGAACAUAGGUUAUCAAUUUUUAAUUGUGUGGUAUUGAAUGUAAUUUUUUUUUUUUAAAAGUUGAGCAUGGGAAAUGUUUUGUGUAUUUCUAUUGAAAUAUCUGUAAUACAUCUUUAUUAUAUACAUGCCAUUUUUAUGUAUUUAGCGAGAGUUUGUGUAACUGUGUGAGAAUUUGAAUUCCCGAAAGAAUGCAAAGUUUCAGUAAUAUAUGAAUUUAGAUUUUGAUUCUUUCAUUUUCGCUGAGUGUGAUAGAUCGGGUCAUGUUAAUUAGGGAUAGUUUUUGUGAUAUCAACAGUUAUUGUGUGUUCUGAUGACACGUGGUUUGUGUCCUGAUGUCCAAAGUGCCUAUGUUACAAAUCAUGUGUAUUAGGUUUCAUGUCAUUCGCUAUUUAUCUUUCAAUACGCAAAGGCGCGAUUUUUUGUAAUAUUUUCUUUAUAGGUAUUUUUAUAUAUAUCGUAAUAAAAUAUUUUUCAAUUUUAUAA